AGAACAUUCCCGGAGUCUGGGCAAGCUUCAGUAUUACUUAGUCGCCUCAGUGUACAAUACCCUUUGUGCAACCACAUCACCCUCACAACCACCUAUCUCUCAAUGCGGACUUCACUUCUCCCUCAUGGGCGCCAGCUGAGCCGCGUUUGCGACGCGUGCAAACGCCAACAGCGCAGUUUCUCUGUCUCAGCGUCGUCACCAUCUCGCACAGCAACGCCCACACGCGAUGCGCCACCCAGACGUGCGAACGCCUUGAGAAGCUUCAUGACACCCCAGACGGCGGCGCGCACGAUAACGACGACAAGAGCCCCGCGCUCAGCGGAGACGGCAGACGCGCCGGCCUCGCGCUCCCCGACCUCUCCCGCGCCCUCGACCGCGGUACCGCAGACGCAUUACGAGUUCUUCCCGCAGUCGCUGCCCCAAGGGCCUCCUCCCUCGGGGCCCUUCGGCGUCGACGUGCGCGCGCUGCGGCGCGAGUUCCUGCAGCUGCAGGGCCGGGCCCACCCGGACCUGCACCCGCCGCAGAUGAAGUCGCGGGCGGAAGCCACGUCGGCGCGGAUCAACGAGGCUUUCCGGACCCUGUCCUCGCCGCUGCUGCGCGCCCAGUACCUGCUCUCCCUGCGCGGGCUCGACGUCGCCAACGACGAGACGGCCAAGGUGGAAGACCCCGAGCUGCUGAUGGAGGUGCUGGAGGCUCGCGAGGAGAUCGAGGAGGCCGCCGAGGAGAGCGAGCUCGAGCCGCUGAGGGCGAGGAAUGCCGAGAGAGAAGAGGAGAGCAUAGCCGAGUUGGAGAAGUGCUUCACUGAGAACGACCUUGAGGGCGCAAUGAGGGAGUGUGUGAGGCUCAGGUAUUGGGUAAACAUCAGAGAGAGCAUAAAUAAUUGGGAGCCUGGGAAGCCCGUCGUGCUUGAGCAUUGAUAGACAUAGAGGCUGUAAUUUUCAUGUAUAACCAUCGGCGUUUUUAUCUUGUCCACGUCGUGCCUAUUUUGACACUGAAGUUCUAAAGUCGGCAGUUCGCGAUGGACAUUACGCACUAAGACAAAUGUGUUGGUUUAUCAUCUGUUGAGCUUCUGCUCAUCACCGCGGGGCGAGACGCCU